AUGCUGCCUGGCGCAGAUCGGCUUUGUGGAGUUGAAAUCCUGCUACUUCCUACCGGCACCGACACGUCAUUGACGUUGGGCCUGAACAUCGCAGCUUUGAAGAUGGCAGCUUUGAUUGGACCGAAUCUACCACGGCCUGACAUCCCCAAACAAUGGCCUCACAUGCACAUGGGCGAGAUCAGACCGAUGUCAUCAGCGGCUGCGCGUGAAGAGCUUCCUCCUGGUUGGAAGCGUGUGGAAUCCAGGACAAAGCCCGGGACAUACUACUAUGCGCACCCGGCAACCAACCGUACACAGGUGAGCCCACCACAAGGAGCGAAGCAAGUUCCGGCAGCUGCUUCCAACGGUGGUCAGAAGCAAGUUCCGACGAAGGAGAUGGCUCAGGAAGAAAGCGCGCCGAAAGCUUCCGAUGAGAAGGAAGAGCGAAAGCGGAAACAUCAGCAAGUGGAAGAAGAAGCCGAAGCGGAACAGGAGAUGGUCGAAGAGGAGCUGAAGCGAAUAAAGGCAGCCAAGAAGGCUAAGGAGCUAGAACAGAAGCGAAAGAAAGAGGAGGAGCGCAGAUUGGAGCAGUUGCGCAAAGAGGAAGAAGCCAGGCUGGAAAAGGAGCGCUUGCAAAGAGAAGAAGAAGAGCGCAAGCGACAGCAGGAGCUUGAGGCUUUGGCAGAGGAACGCCGAAGGCGAGAAGCGGAAGCCAGGAAGAAGGACUUGGAGGCGCAGCGAAGAAAGGCAAUGGUCUUCGAGCAGCACUCAAUCCUACAGAGGAAGCUGGCUGAGGAUGCGAGAAAGCGGCAGGCUGAAGAAGAGGAGAGGCGCAAAAAAGAGGCUGAAGAGAAGCAACGAAUGCAGAAGGAAGAUCAGAAGGCUGACCAGAAGGAUGUAGAGGAGCCUCCCAAAGAGGAGGACGAGGAGACCCGCAAAGAGAAGAUAGCAAAAAGAGAAGCUAAGGUUUGGAGUCAGCCGAUUCCAGACCCUGCAGAUCCAGUCCUUGAGCCGUGCUUUGAUGUGUACAAGAAUGGAAAGCUUGUGCGUACUCACCACCUGACGGGUGAGAAGACCAGCUGGAUCAUAGGUCGAGGCCCAGCAGGAGUGGACAUUGCCAUUGGCAACAGCCGCAUCUCACGGAAGCAUGCCGAGAUUUCUUGUCAGACUCCGUUGAUGUUCUUGACUGACCUGGGGUCCACGUAUGGUUCGGCGAUGAAUGCGGAGAACCUGGAGAAGAAUCAGCCAGUGGAAUUGGUUGAUGGUGCGAGGUUCCGCUUCGGGGGCUUGCCGGAGCUGUACGUCUACCGUGAACCCCCACCAGCUGACGAAGAGGUCGAGGAGCCCUCCUCGCCUCCGAUCCAUGCUGAGGUGUCUGGCAUGGCGACCGCAGAGGAUGGUCCAGACCUUCCGCCGCAGGUGCCGCAGGCAGAGAGCGUGCCGGCACCGGUGAUCGACCCCGAGGCGGCAGCAGCAGCAUCGGCUGCCGCCCGAGCAGCAGCGGAAGCAGAGGAUGAAGCACGGGUGCGGCGCAUCCAGCAGAAGCGACAGGAGCGCAAAGCAGCACAAGAAGCUGAGAAAGCGGUUGCUGCAGCCAAGAAGGAGGAAGACAAGAAAAAGAAGCAGGAACGUAUCCAGAAGAAACGUGCUGUCAAGGAAGCCAAAGCUGCUAAAAAGGCAGCGCGAGCUGCUGCCGCCCAAUCAGCGGCAGCUGCAGGUUCCAGCAUUCUGAACCUGGGAGACGCGACUCCACCGGAUGCGACCCUGCCAGAUGCAGCCAUGGCCUCGCCGCCGGAUCAUUCGCCAGUGGCCAGUCCGAAGACAGAUGAGGCUGCUGACAAGUCUCCUGAUGACGAGCCUGCUCAGGAGGGAAGCGAGAAACCAGUCGAUUGCUCCUUCUUCUGA